AUGCAGACAGUCAUUGUAACCGAUGCCGGCAGAUACUGUCUAUGGAGGGAUGUACCGAACAGCGAACAUAGCUGGAUCAUUUACGUGGCCGAUGACGACAGAUUCCCUAAAAUUGAGUUGGUAGGCAAUCGCAUGGAGCACGCGCUGAUUCAUCUUGGCGAUAAAGUGAAGACGGAUGUCAAGGAAUUUUUACCGAAGUCCAUGAAUGUGACAAAACUAAGAGAGGAAAUGAAGUCUGUAUGUGCGCUUCGCAACAAGAAAAAGCUAGGCAAGGCACCAAAUGCAGUCGGAUUGUGGGUUGAGAUCACCAACGAUGUCGGUUACCGACCCAUACCGGAAACUCCAGAGAAGCUGAGAGAAACACUUGAUCUUAUCUGUGAGACUGAUAAUCCUUCACUGCGACAAAGGAGAAUGCAGCGGGUCAUGGAAAUUGUCACCUUUGUCCAGCUUGGAAAUGAUGAAUGCGACUUUGGAAUGGGUUUGGAGCUCGGUUACUGGUUG